CUCUUCCGGUGUAGGCUGUCGCUUGGCCCUGUGGCAUCCGUUUGCCCUGCGUCUGGCGGGUGCCGGGCCAUCCACUGGAGGACGCGGACGCCGCGGUAGUCAAGCCAUAAUGGAACAGUUAACCUUCAGGGAUGUGGCCAUUGAUUUCUCUGGAGAGGAAUGGGAGUGUCUGAACUCUGAACAGCAGAAUCUAUAUACAGAUGUGAUGUUGGAAAACUAUAGGAACCUCGUCUUCCUGGGUAAGGGUAACCUCUCCACAGAGUUUCUGACUGAGUACUAAAAUUCAUUUUUCUUGUGUGAUGGUUUGUAUAUGCUCGGCCCAGGGAGUGGCACUAUUAGAAGGUGUGGCCCUGUUGGAGUAGGUGUGUCACUGUGGGUGUGGGCUAUAAUACCCUAGUCCUAGCUUCCUUGAAGCUAGUCUUCUCCUAGCAGCCUUCAGAUGAAGAUGUAGAACUCUCAGCUCCUCCUGCAUCAUGCCUGCCUGGAUGCUGCCAUGCUCCCACCUUGAUGAUAAUGGACUGAACCUCUGAACCUGUCUUGCUGUGUCUAAGCCGUACCUGGUUACAUGUCUGGAGCAAAGGAAAGAGCCCUGGAGUGUCAAGAGGCAGAAGCCUGUGGCCCUGUUCCCAGCUUUGUUUCCUCAUCAUAACCGAGACUUUUCACCAGAGCAGAACAUAAACUAUUCAUUCCAGGAACUCAUCCAUGGACCUCGUGGAGAUUGUGGCUUUGACAGUUUGUACUUCCCAGAAGAAAGGGAACUUGUAGAGGACGGUGACAUCCUGGGAACCUGUUAUAACAGGCAUGACCCAUUUCUGACAGCUGACAACAGCAAAAGCUUUACUCCCAGGAGAGAUCAGGAACAAGAAAUGGCUCACAAAAACUCUCAGGUUAGGCAAGUUACUAGUGAGGAGCCAUGUGGUUCUGUCAGCAAACAUCAGAAUCAGUCUUUGAAACCUACCUCUUAUUUCAAAGAUAAUUUGGGAACUCCACAAAGGGGUCUACUUCAUUCUUCAGCUAAUGACUUCAACAAUUUCAAAUGUAGCUUUGGGUUGAGCUUUCAUUCAAACAUUUUUGUAGAUGGGGAACUUAAAAACAAAGGAAAAAAUUCUAAAUGUAAUCAAUUUGAGAACUCCAUCAUGGAAAAUUCAUUAGUAUAUAAUCAACAAAUAGGUCUUUCAUGUGCCAAAGCACAGAAUUCCCCUAAGUAUGGCAGGUUUUUUACACACCCCAUAUCACCGAGCCAAAAUUCAAGUACAGAUAUUUUGGAAAUUCAGUAUAUAUGUAAGGAAAAUAGGAAGGGCUUCGCUGAGGAGUCCACCUUAAGCAAUCGCCAGGGCAUGUAUAUUGCAGAGACAGUGUAUCAGGGUAAUGAAAAUAAUAGUGACUUAGCCUUGGAGUCCUAUCCUGCGAAUCAUCAGUCCGCUCACUUGUACAAAUGUUACAAGUGUGACACGGCCUUCCAUCAGUACUCAGAACUCAUCAUCCACCAGUACAUCCAUAUUCAAGAUCAGAUCUCCAAGGGUAUGGACUGCAGCACGGCUUUCCAUCAGAGUUCAAGCCUUACAAAAAGCCACGCUGGAGAAAAGCCCUACAAAUGCAAGGAGUGUGGCAAAGCCUUUACCUAUUGUUCAAGCCUUAGGCAACAUCACCGGAUUCACUCUGGAGUCAAACAGCACAAAUGCAAAGACUGCGGCAAAGCCUUCUACCAUAAAUCACUCCUUACGCAACACCAGAGCAUCCACGCUGGCAAGAAACCCUACUGCUGCAAAUUUUGUGGCAAAGCUUUCAAUCAGAGGUCAACUGUUACUCAGCACCAGAGAAUCCAUACUGGAGAGAGGCCCUACCAUUGUAAAGACUGUGGCAAAGCCUUUCAUCAAAGGUCGAGCCUCAGCCUACACCAGAGAGUUCAUACUGGAGAAAAGCCCUACAAGUGCAAAGAAUGUGGCAAAGCCUUCAACCGCAACUCGCUCCUUACUCAGCACCAGAGAAUUCAUACUGGAGAGAGGCCCUACCAUUGUAAAGACUGUGGCAAAACUUUUAAUAAAAAAUCAAGCCUUACUCAACACCAGAGAAUCCAUACUGGAGAGAAGCCCUAUUCUUGUAAAGACUGUGGCAAAGCUUUUAAUCAGAGAUCAAGCCUCAGCUUACACCAGAGAGGUCAUACUGGAGAGAAACCCAAUAAAUGCAAUGAAUGUGGCAAAGCCUUUAAUCGUGUUUUUUUCCUCACUCAACAUCAGAAAAUUCAUACUGGAGAGAAGGCUUACCACUGUAAGGAUUGUGGCAAAGCAUUUAAGCAGAGGUCAAGCCUUACUCAGCACCAGAGAGUUCACACUGGAGACAAGCCCUAUCAUUGUAAGCACUGUGGCAAGGCGUUUACUCAGAGGUCCAGCUUUACUCGACACCAGAGAAUUCAUACUGGAGAGAAGCCCUACAAGUGUCAAGAUUGUGACAAAGCUUUUAGCCGUAACUUACUUCUUAUUCAACACCAGAGAAUUCAUACAGGCGAGAAGCCUUACCAUUGUCAAGACUGUGGUAGAGCGUUUAAUCAGAGAUCGAGCCUUACUCAACACCAGAGAGUUCAUACUGGGGACAAGCCCUUCUGUUGUAAAGAUUGUGGCAAGGCCUUUACUCAGAGAUCAAGCUUUAACCGACACCAGCGGGUCCAUACUGGGGAGAAGCAGUACAAAUGUAAAGAAUGUGACAGGGCCUUUAAAUGCAGUUCCCACCUUGCUGAACACCAGUGCACCUCAUUAGGCAGCUGCUUCGAAGACACAAAGUUUCUCCAAUAUAUGUGAGUUUAUUAUUCUGUUAUAGCCAGUUAGAGGACAUGGAUGUAUUUAUUUUGAAAACAUGUAAUAUGUUUGACUCUAUAAAAGGUACUUUCUGUUGCAAUCCUUACCUGGAUAUCCAGAACCACACCCUGGUUUAAUUAAGUAAUAAUAUUUUUUCGUCUUGUCAUUUUGCCAACUGGUUCUGUGUUAAUAGUUGUAUUCUCAAAUGUGUCUCCUAAACGUUGUCCAGACUGUAUACACGAAACACACACUGUCUCGUGUAUGCACAGAAGUGCACAGCAGGCGCCACACUGGAGACGUCUUUGGCAGGUCCCCUAUGAUUUACACAUCUAAACUGUGUAGCAUAGAGCUUGGCUGUCCCCUCCAGAAACAUGUAGAAUGUGUUUAUUGUCCCUUCUACAGCAUAGUUAAGAUGAGGUUUUCAUGACGAUAACCACCAUAAGCAUCUUUAACCCUACAUAUAUAUUUUUUCUUUAGUCAUGAAACAGAAACUAUAGAGCCCAGAUAGAAAAAAAAAGAAAAAAAAAAAAAGAAAAAAAAAGGAAAAGAAAAAGAAAAAAGAAAAAAACUUCAAGUAUAUAUAGAAUUGGUCUGAGGAUCUUAACUUCUGAGUCUACUGCUAAAAAGAUGCAAAUAUGUCGAUGGUGCAUGCAGAAUCCACACUUUUAUACAAUCAAAUUGCAUUGGGGGGGGUGUUGUGUGCCACAGCACUCAAUUGAAAGUCCAAGGGCAGCUUACCGUUCUCUGCCAAUUAAACUCGGCUCCUCAGCUUUCACUGCAAGUGCCUUCACCUGCUGAGUUCUCUCUUCCGUGAUCGGAUUUAGCGUCCAGGAUUUUUCUGGCCUCUGCUGCACAGAACCCUGCUGUUUUCCGUCCUUUGUGAUUAGAAAGUUGGGCAGACCACCUAUAAUGCAUCACAGUGCAUAGAAUCUCCCCGUGACAGGAAGACAUGACCAUAUCGAAAAAUGAGAAUGUAUUGAAAAUGUUUGCGUUGAGAGUUCAGAACAGACUGUAAAGCCGAAGGCCUUUGGGGUGAGUCCUUCAGAACAUAUCCAGUGAGAUGUUGCAAGUGAUAGCAAGAGGGCUGUGUGCUAGACUCCUGAUGGCGAGUGCAGAAUCUGUAGGGAAGGAGAAACACUGCCAUCAUACUCUGUGAUGUAUUGUCAGAAGGGAGAAGAGAUGGUAAUAGUGAGAGAUAAAGCAGCAUCUGAUUCAGAGCUGUAAAACAACUAUCUGUUAGCUAUCUACUGGAAUGUUGUUCUCCUCAGCUGACGCAGAAUCAGUUUUAUUGCACUGUCUAGGGUCUGUCCCGGGGCUGUUUCAUUCUCUGUGUUACCUGCCCAGAUCAUUUGGGCAUUAAGUCCAGGAGCACUGAGACCUGCCUCACCGAGUAUCACCACCAGUUUCCUGGUACUCAAAUGAGGAAACAUGUGGUCAUCUAAAGGCAAACUAUAUCCAAUCUCUUCACAUAGUUCCUCCCAGGCAACAGAACAAUCACAAAGCAGUCAUGGCUGGAAACUUCUAGAAAACUUCAAUGCAAAACAAGUGGGUAAAUAACUGAGUUUGCACGAUUUGAUCCGUAUGAAGAGGGAAGCAGUGAUUGACAGGUUGAAUUUGUUGGGGAAGGUCGUCUUUAAUUGUAUUGUUUGCUCUGAUACACUUCCAUAAUGGCAUUUUCUAGAAAAGUUAUUCCUAUUUAUGUUGUUUUUACCAGGUUGAAAAUUUUGGACCCUAGUAGAAUUAUCUUAGAGAAAGUUAAAGAGAUAACUUGGUUGUUUUAUGUUAUUCCCUGGGAAAAUAAUUGUUACAGUUUGCUCUCUGUUGCUGUGAUAAAUACCAUAAUCAAAACCGACUUGGGGAAGAAAGGGUUUGUUGAGGAGAGGAACUAAAGCAGGAGCACGGGGUGGACUCAUGUAAGAAAGAUGCUUGCUGGCUUGCUUCUUCUAGCUCGUGCUCAGCCAACUUCCCCAAACUUCCCUGGAGUACCUGCCUCUGGGUAGCACUGUCUACAGCAAACUGAGUCUUCCCACAUUAGUCAGCAAUCAAAACCAUUUCAGACAUGGCCGUAGGCUACUCUGCUCUGAGCAAUUUCUCAGUCUCUUAAUUGAGACUCUCACUUUCCACGUGAUGCUUGGUGUGUCAAACUGACAAUAAUUAAAACCAAACUAGGGUAGUAAAGUGUACGGGAAGGUCAGGGAGGACGGAAGAGUAACCACUGUAGCCAUGCAGCAGCCAGAAGACUGCAUCCUGUUUCGGGUCCUACUACGAUGCUCAGAGAACAGUCGAGUCCCUGCCCAAGUUGAGGCCGACCAGCAGUCUUCCCUCAAAAGAAGAAGCAAUACAUCAGCAUCGGUGGGUACUCCAGCCUCAAUAUUUUCCCAGGCCUAAAAGAACAUAAGAUUAUUUGAGAGCGUGGCCCCUUGAUUUCUCAUUAAGUCCAGAAAUAUUCUGAUGUUUAGCGCUUAACUCUCUGCAUUAAAAGCAAUCGUGUGAUACAGAAACAAAAGGAAAAAUCAGUUCUGACAUCUGUACAUUUAAAUAUGAAACCACACCCGAAUUCUAGGUCUUACGUCAAUUAAUGCAAAUAAUACGUCUCCAGCUCACAAUUUCACAAUAUUCUAUGAGCACAUGAUGCUUGCUUAUAUAGACAUUUUGUAAGUGGGUGUGUAUACCUUGUGUUCUAAAUUGUAACUUAUGAACAGUUGCCUACAGCAUAUUUUAAAGAAGCAAAGAAUGAUUUAAGAUCUGUAGUGUUCAUUGAGAACUGAGAACAUUUGUUUUGAGAACAGAUAGUUUGCAUGCACGUUUUUCUAGCUUAGUGCUACAGAUUUGGGAUGUAAAUGCUAACACAGAUGUGUUUAAGAUGUCAAUUCAUGAGUGCACCCCCAAGUUCCACCAAAGUCAGAGUCACGAUUCCUUCGACUGGGAUUUUAUGAUACCACAUGAUUUUUCUUCCUUCAAAUGCAAGGUCCCUAGCAUAAAGCUGGAGGCGACAUGUUUAGCUUUGUGACAAUGUCCUGGUGUUCUGUUUGUUUGGUUCGUGAGGCUUUAUUCUGGAUGUCUAUAUUUUUUCUUUUGUAGACAUCAUAUUGAUUCUUUCUGAAUUUUAUAUCGCGUACCCCAAUACCACUCAUCUCCCCAUGCCUCAAUAUCCACCCUCUGCCCUGGCAACCUACCUCCAACAGAGAAAAAAAUCUCUACGUGGAAGCUGUGGUGUCUCACAGUAAGUCCUUUUGCCCAAACAGCUUUACUUUCAAACGUCCAUUGCAAGAGUUGUUGGUGUAGUUCGAGGCCUCUGGCUUCUGCUACACUAUCAAUUCUGGAUUCUCACCACGGCUCUUCUCAGGCAUCUUCUUGUUGCCCUAUGUCCAUGGGGAUCCUACAGCUUUGGAUCUGCGGGACUGGCCCCUUCAUUUGCCCCAGCAGUUAAUAGAUGGGGUAGAUGUUGGAUGGGUGGAGACUUCAUAUUAAUUGACAUAAGACCUAGAAUUUGGGCACUGAACUGUGUAAAGCGUUUAAAGGGGUCAGUGUAUGAGACACCAGUGGACAGAUGGCCAAUAGCUGUACCAGUACUUAGGGACAGAAAGCAGGGCCAAGAGGAGCAGCCACCGCUGGCCCAUCAACUCCCUCUUGCUGUAGGGCUAACACGACAAAGGCCAUCACAGUAAAUGAUACGCCAUCAGUUCUCCUCCCUUUAGAAAGCACACACCCAGUAAAUUUGAAGAAGAGACGAAUUCAAUUUAGUAGAGCGAAGAGUGUGCUCCACCAAUGGCUACCGAGAAAGUAAGAUGUAACAGUGAGCGGUGGGGAAUUUUCAUGGAAAAACAAGCAUAGACAUACAUUUUGAGUCACAUGAAAAUAUGCCAGAAUAUUUUUCAUUACUUAAAUGGAAAGUUUUACAGAGGAAGGUCUGCACAGCUCUGUCAACUAGAUGGUCCAGUUGGUAAAGUCACCUGCUGCCAACCUAGCAAUUUGAGUUCAAUCCCCAAGACCUACAUAGUGAAAGGCAAGGAAUGACUCUCACAGGUUUGUAUUCUGACUUACACACAUAAAUAAACAAAUAAAUAUGUAAUUUUAAAAAGA